GUUUGAGCUAUGGAACAUUCGUGGAAAGGCUUGCUUCUAAUGUCCAGCGCGCCACCAAACAUCCGGUGCUACUAGUCACUUACGGCCGCAGUGGCUCCACGUUCACGUCUGCACUCAUCAACCACCACAAAGACGUGUUCUUUAUCUUUGAGCCGUUGGUGCCGCUAAAUCUGACAUCGACCAACUACCAGAAACAGAAUGAAAGCACAGCCAUUAUCCGUGCCUUCAUCGAGUGUGACUUCUCGUUGGAGCUGUCCAUUUUCCUUGACAACUUCCAGUUCCAUUAUUUACAAGACACAAGCGAAUUUUAUGACUGUCUCCUGUCAAAGAGAAGUGGCAUACAGCAUGUAAGCUGUUACAUCAAAUUCUUGAAAGAUUGUCAGAGCCACAACACGAUUCUGGUCAAGACAAUCCGCUUCCGGGUCAGUUGGGCAGAGACGUUUUUGAAAGAAAAUCCACAGUUUAAAUUGUUGUAUUUAAUCAGGGAUCCGAGAGCCACUUUAUUUUCCCAAGCUCAGUUAUUCAACGAGUUUUUGUGGCCAUCUGGGAUCAUCAAUGCAUCCAAAACUUACUGCGCAAUAUUGGACGAUGAUCUGAAGGAGAUAGUUCGACUGGCAAAUCUUUACCCUGGACGAGUGAAAGGAAUUCGGUACGAAAACGGCGCCACAGACCCUUUUACUUACACAAAGGACAUUUAUAAAUUUUUGGGACUGGGGUAUGACGACCAAGUGGCUUCAUUUAUCGAGAAUAUAACUACAGCUUCUGCAGACGCACCAGAUGUGGAAGGUGCUUACAGCGUGAUUCGGCAAAAUUCGACUCAGGCAAUGAACAAAUGGAGGAACAAAUCAGAUUUUGAAAGUAUUCGAAUAAUUGACUCUAUUUGUGGGUUUAUGUAUUCAAAAUUAGGUUAUAAAUUUGUGGAGUCACAUAGUGACCUCCGGUCGUCCAGAGAUUUAUUUGGUUCACCUGAAUUGAUUAUAUUUCAGUAA